AUGGCCGAUAGGGAAACAUUCCUGGCAGUCCUCCCCUCCGUAUUGACUGAUCUUGAGCAAGAUCUCACUCGGAAAGGAAUGCCCAAAGCCCUCACAGAUCGCUUCCUGGCUUGUCUGCAAGCCAACGUCCAAGGAGGGAAACUCAACCGUGGCCUUAUCGUCCUCAACACCGGCCAUGUCCUGCUACACCGUCCUUUGACCGCGAUCGAAAUUCGGCACCUUAGUAUUCUAGGUUGGCUUAUUGAGUUCUUUCAGGCCUCGUAUCUGAUUUGGGACGAUAUCAUGGACGCCUCCGAGUACCGCCGGGGCCAGCCUUGCUGGUACCGCCGGGAAGGUGUCGGGCUCAGUGCCGUCAACGACGGAUGUCUAGUCAAGUCGUCCAUAAUAGUCAUCCUGCAUCAGUACUUUGGCAAUCGUCCAGAAUACGGUCAGUUGGUGGAGCUAUUCCACGAGGCUUCGUUCCGAACGGAGCUGGGCCAACUCGCUGAUAUGGCGACUAGCGAUGAAUGCGAACUUGCCGAGAUGACGAUGGAGCGGUAUGAGUUCAUAUCGGAGAACAAGACUGCAUUCUAUAGCUUCUACCUCCCCGUCGCGCUGGCCCUGCAGUACCUCCAGCGUACGACUGAGCAGGAUCUAGCAAUUGCACGGGAACUUCUACUUUGUGUGGGAUGGUAUUUCCAGGUCCAGGAUGAUUACCUUGAUGUGUUUGGGGACCCAAAGGUUACGGGCAAGGUUGGGACAGACAUCCGAGACAACAAGUGCUCGUGGAUAGCCCUGAGGGCCUUUGAGCUCUGUAGCUCCGAGCAGAAGGCUGUUCUCAGUCUCUGCUACGGAAGACCGGACAUGGGGAAAGCAGCCAGGGCGAAAGAGGUCUUCUGCCAGGUAGAUAUUGAGGGCGUGUUUAGGAACUAUGAGGUGGCCGAGUUGGACAAUCUUGAGAAGCGGAUCGAGCAAAUUGCAGGAGAGCAUGAGCCCCUCCAGGAUGUUUUCUGGUCAGUCCUGGAGAAGAUUUCACAACGGGAUAAGUGA